CCCGCCAUGCCACCUUUAACAGCUGUGUGGAAAAGGCGAUUUCUACUGAGGCAGCUUAUCAUGCAAGCGACACCUGAUAAAAAUCCCUCUUCUACACAAGGGUCAGCCUAGUCCUCUUUUUUCCAUCUGGCCACCCCACUCCUAGGGCAUGAUGAGGUGCCGCUGUCAAGUUUCCCUUUCCCAGCUAAGAUGGAAUAUGCCUCCAUGCAUAGACCUUUGUAUGAGACAACCCAGCAUUUUUAAAUCUUCCAAUUUGGAAGUUUUACCAAAGCUAGCCAACAAUGAAGCAACUUGUGGCCCACUUCAGACAUUUACAGAAGAGGAGAUCAUGACCAAAGAAAUGGUGAAAAAGUUUGCUCAAGAGCGAGUUCUACCGUUAGUACAGAAAAUGGAUGCUGAUGCAAAAUUGGAUGAUUCUGUAAUACAAGGACUAUUUGAACAAGGGUUGAUGAGCAUUGAGCUUGAUUCAGAAUAUGGAGGAACUGGAUCUUCUUUUUUUUCCACCAUUCUUGUGGUUGAGGAGUUAGCCAAGGUUGAUCCAUCUGUAUCACUAGUGUGUGAACUCCAGAAUACAUUAACUAAUAAAUUGUUUACGACAUAUGGCACAGAAGAACAAAAGCAAACCUAUUUGCCUAGGUUGGCAAAAGACUUGGUGGGUAGUUUCUGCCUCUCAGAGCCUGGUUCUGGAAGUGAUGCGUUUUCCCUGAAGACUCGUGCUGAAAAGAAGGGGGACUACUAUAUCAUCAAUGGGUCAAAGAUGUGGAUUAGCUUUGCUGAACAUGCAGGAGUGUUUUUGGUGAUGGCAAAUGCAAAUCCUUCUGCAGGUUACAGAGGAAUUACCUGUUUCAUAGUAGACCGUAACACAGAGGGCCUACAUGUAGGAAAGAAGGAGGAUAAACUGGGAAUUAGAGCAACAUCUACAUGUCCUGUGACAUUUGAAAAUGUAAAGGUUCCAGAGACCAAUAUACUGGGACAGGUUGGACAGGGUUAUAAGUAUGCCAUUGGAAUGCUCAAUACAGGAAGAAUAGGGAUAGCUGCACAGAUGCUGGGAUUAGCACAAGGAUGUUUUGACCACACUAUCCCAUAUACAAAGGAGAGAUCCCAAUUUGGAAAAAGCAUAUUUGAUUUUCAGGGAAUGCAACAUCAGAUUGCUCAGGUAGCCAUACAGCUAGAAGCUGCAAGAUUGCUCACCUAUAAUGCAGCUCGACUUGCAGAAACUGGAAAGACCUUUAUAAAAGAGGCAAGCAUGGCCAAGUAUUAUGCAGCAGAGGUUGCAACUCUAACAACAAGUAAAUGUAUUGAAUGGAUGGGUGGAGUUGGCUUCACAAAAGAUUAUCCUAUUGAAAAAUAUUACAGAGAUUGCAAAAUUGGUACCAUAUAUGAAGGAACGUCAAAUAUCCAGUUAAAUACAAUUGCAAAAUGUAUUGCUGAAGAAUACUGAAAUUCAAGAGAUUUAAUUACUGUUGCAGUAAUUACAUCACAGAAAGUUAAAAGCAACUUGCCUUACUGUUGGGAUUAUGGGUUACUUCUUCAUUUCCACUUUUUAAGACAAAAUAAGCCAAGUGGUAGUAAUUUCAAAAGUGUACGACUUCCUGUGCAAGAUUUCAGUAUGUGACCAGAAUGUUAUGCAUCAAUAAUGUACUACAACAAUUUAAAUUUUUACCACUAUAAUGAAACAGGAGGUUAAAAUCGACCUGCUUUUGUAUCCAUGUGCUGGGGAUUGUAGAACUGACAUCAGUUGAUUCUGAACUAAUGUAAUAUAUCAAGGCUGCUCUUCUUUACCACAUGAUCUUUUUAAACCUUUGCAUCUGCUUCAAUUUUGGAUGCUUAUCAAGAGAAAUGUACAAAGAUGGAACUGUGAAAAAGAAUUAAGUAGCGAAUCAAAUAUCCAAGAAAUCUCAGAAAUGUAUUCAAACAAGGGUGAUGACCCUGAACAUAUGAGAGAGCUUUAAUGAAGUGGUAUUCAAAAUACUUUACAACCCUCACAUGUCAGUGGGCUACACUAGUGUAACUCAUCACUGCUUGAAAACAUUGACUAAAUGGGACAACAGUGGGCAAAAAUAA